UUUAUAUAAUUAAACAAUAAAUAAUUUUAAAAAAAUUAUAAAAUAAUUUCCGGAGUUCGCCAGCUACAAACAAACGGCAAGCACUAACGAUACCAACUUUCACCGUUAAAUCUAACGAAUAUCCAUCUAUAAAUAAACAUCGUCUCCAUGUCCAUCUCAUCGAAGCCGGCGACGAACUCUUAUUCUCACUCUCAGGCAAAGCUUAGCCGAGAUCCCAAUCCUGAUCCCGAGGCCAAACCAACGGCGAUGAUGGACCUCGUCCUCGUGGAGAAAACCCUUCUAGGGCUUUUCACCGCCAUUAUCGUGGCCAUCGUGGUCUCCAAGCUCCGCAACAAGCGCUUCAAGCUCCCUCCCGGGCCUCUCCCCGUCCCCAUCUUCGGCAACUGGCUCCAGGUCGGCGAUGAUCUCAACCACCGGAAUCUCACCGCCUUGGCCCGCCGCUUCGGCGACAUCCUCCUCCUCCGCAUGGGCCAACGCAACCUUGUCGUCGUCUCCUCCCCCGAUCACGCCCGAGACGUCCUCCAUACCCAGGGCGUCGAGUUCGGCUCCCGCACCCGCAACGUCGUCUUCGAUAUCUUCACCGGUAAAGGCCAGGACAUGGUCUUCACCGUCUACGGCGAUCACUGGCGCAAGAUGCGCCGUAUCAUGACCGUCCCCUUCUUCACCAACAAGGUCGUGCAGCAGAACCGAUCCGGAUGGGAAGCUGAAGCCCAAGCCGUCAUCGACGAUGUCAAGGCCAAUCCGAUCGCUGCCACCGAUGGGAUCAUCCUCCGCCGGCGAUUGCAGCUGAUGAUGUACAACAACAUGUAUAGAAUCAUGUUCAAUCGGAGGUUUGAGAGCGAGGAUGAUGCUCUGUUCUUGAAGCUGAAGGCGUUGAAUGGGGAGAGGAGUAGAUUGGCUCAGAGCUUCGAGUACAACUAUGGCGAUUUCAUCCCAAUUUUGAGGCCAUUUUUGAGAGGUUAUCUCAAGAUUUGCAAGGAUGUGAAGGAAAGAAGGCUUCAACUCUUCAAAGACUACUUCUUGGAAGAGAGGAAGAAGCUGGUGAGUAGUGGAGGAAUGGAUAAGAGUGGGAUGAAGUGCGCCAUUGAUCACAUCUUGGAAGCGGAGCAGAAGGGGGAGAUCAAUGAGGACAACGUACUUUAUAUCAUUGAGAACAUCAACGUUGCUGCAAUAGAAACCACAUUGUGGUCCAUAGAAUGGGGCAUAGCUGAGCUUGUCAACCACCCGGACAUCCAGCACAAGCUGCGCAACGAGCUUGACACCGUCCUCGGUCCCGGCGUGCCGGUCACCGAGCCAGACAUUCAAAACCUCCCAUACCUCCAAGCCGUCAUCAAAGAAACUCUCCGGCUUCGAAUGGCCAUCCCUCUUCUAGUCCCCCACAUGAAUCUCCACGACGCAAAACUCGGCGGCUACGACAUUCCGGCCGAGAGCAAAAUCCUUGUCAAUGCAUGGUGGCUUGCAAACAACCCUGAACUCUGGAAAAACCCCGAAGAGUUUAGGCCAGAGAGGUUCUUUGAAGAAGAGACUAAAGUUGAAACUAAUGGCAAUGACUUUAGGUACCUUCCUUUCGGAGUUGGCCGGAGAAGUUGCCCUGGCAUCAUCCUUGCAUUGCCUAUCCUUUCCAUUACCAUUGGCCGUUUGGUUCAGAACUUUGAGCUUUUUCCACCUCCCGGUGAGAAGAAGAUUGAUACUUCUGAGAAGGGUGGCCAAUUUAGCUUACACAUACUUAAGCAUUCAACUAUUGUUUGCAAACCUAGAGUGCUUUAGUUAUUUUCUUUUCAUUUGAUGCAUUGCUUUGGAUCUCAAGUGUUUUAUUUAUUGUUUGUUAAUUUACUGUGUGAUUCCUAAUGUUCAUAAUGGGCGCUGACAGUAUUGUUGUUGGAAAUUCAUGAGGCGAAAGAAUGUUAAGAAUUGAUCA